ACUAGCUACAGGAGAGGAAUGUUUUGUUAAGAUGGUCUAUAAACAAUCCAGAGUCUUCAUAUUUGACAAAUCAGUUAAAAGAUCCAUGGGUGCAUCAUUAACCAACACUUAAUACUGUGCACGCCAGUGCAUGCUAAAGGAUGUCGAAGCAUGUGUCCUCCCAGCAAUAAACCCAUUCCUCCCACUGUCUCCACAGGCAGGAUGACAAACCAGCCGACAGCCAACCAGUCCAACACAAACAAGGAGAAGGAGAAAGAAGAAAACCAGCGAGAUGACAACACAGAGGUUGCGUAUAAAGAUGCUGGCCACUGCAGCCGCAACACUCACAACCUGCUGCUGGGACUCACUGUUAUGGGUGUUGUUAUGGGGGCGGUGUUUGGGAUGGUGCUGCGCUACAUGAAGGUGACGGACAGCUCUGUCCUCACUAUGAUUUCCUUCCCUGGAGAAAUCCUCAUGAGGAUGCUGAAAAUGCUCAUCCUGCCUCUAAUCAUCUCCAGUCUUAUCACGGGGCUGGCUGGUUUAGACGCCCGUUCCAGUGGCAGGAUGGGUAGUAGAGCCAUGGUGUACUACAUGUCCACCACGAUAAUCGCUGCCAUCCUCGGGGUCAUCCUGGUUUUGGGGAUCCACCCGGGGAACCCCAAACUGAGAGCGGGCGCAUCGGGCACAGUCCCAAAGAGCCAGGAGGUCAGCAGUCUAGACGCCUUCCUCGACCUGAUCCGAAACCUCUUCCCUGAGAACCUGGUGCAGGCCUGUUUCCAACAGGUUCAGACGGUGCUGAAGAAGGUGCCGGUCGUAGCACCAAACCAGACUGAGCCCAUUUUAGUGAACAGAAAGAAACUGGAAUACAAAUGGGGCAUGAACGUCCUUGGCUUGAUUGGCUUCUUCAUCACCUUUGGUAUCUGCAUGGGCAGGAUGGGCGAGCGGGGGAAGAUCAUGUGCGACUUCUUCAACAUCCUCAAUGAAAUUAUCAUGACGAUGGUGUCUCUGAUAAUGUGGUACUCUCCUGUUGGCAUCGCCUCUCUGAUUGCGGGGAAGAUUGCGGCCAUCGGAGACCUGGAGAUGGUGGCCAGGCAGCUCGGCAUGUACAUGGUGACCGUCAUUGUGGGCCUGGUGAUCCACGGCGGCUUGAUCCUACCUGCUAUAUUCUUCGGCAUCACCAGAAAAAGCCCCUUUGCUUUCUACUCUGGAAUCUUCCAGGCUUGGAUCACCGCUUUGGGCACUGCUAGCAGUGCAGGGACGUUACCCGUCACCUUCCGCUGUCUGGAGGAAAAUCUAAAGAUUGAUAAACGCGUGACUCGCUUCGUGCUGCCCAUAGGUGCCACCAUCAACAUGGACGGCACAGCGCUGUAUGAGGCCGUGGCAGCCAUCUUUAUUGCCCAGAUGAAUGACAUCAGCCUGGAUGGUGGACAGAUUAUUACUGUCAGUAUGACCGCUACCCUGGCCAGUGUUGGAGCUGCCAGUAUUCCCAGUGCUGGACUGGUGACUAUGCUGCUGAUCCUGACGGCUGUUGGCUUGCCCACCCAGGACAUCAGUCUGCUCAUCGCUGUCGACUGGCUGCUUGACAGAAUGCGUACCUCCAUCAAUGUGGUGGGCGACUCGUUCGGUGCCGGGAUCGUGGACCACUUGUCCAAGGCAGAGCUCACAGAACUCGACGCGGCGGAAAUGCAAAUACUCCCGCCAGAGGAGGAGCUCGAUUUCAUCCCUCCGCCGCCGAUCCUCACAGAGAUGGACCUGAUCGACCCUCUCAAACCGCCCGAGCUGCCACCUCGCUCCCCUCGCCCACCCAAACAAAACCACCACAGCCACGGCUUCUCCCAGUCCCACUCCAUCACUUACUCCCCAUCCCGUUCUGUCCGAUCUCCAUCACCUCGCUCCAUCCGUUCUCCCUCUCCGCGCUCUGUCUGCUCCCAUUCUCCCCGGCCUUUCCGUACUCAUUCACCACGCCUCCUCCGCAGGACGGAACCGGGCUACUGCGCUCUGCCCAGCCAUGAUAACCAGAUUCCCACACUGCCUCGCUGCUACAGAGAAAGAGACCGGGAACGGGAGCGACUGAGGCGAGAGAGUGAAACUGAGGAGGAGGAGGAGAGGGAGAGGGUUUUGGGUGAAGUAAGCGACGGCGAGGAGAGUGAUGACACUGCUUAUGAUCGGAGGCACGCCAUCCCACCAGGCGACCUACCAUGAUUUGGAUUUUUACUACCACAAAGCUUCCCCAUCAAUUUGUUUCCGUUUUAUGACAGCUUUCCCCACUUUAGUGCACCACUCUGCUUUUUAGCAACGGUCCAGCAGAGGUCCACAGUGGAUUUCCAGCUGGUUACGUUGCUACUUCUUAUAUCUGUUAUGAGUUCAGUGAACCUGGUCGACAGGACUGAUCGAUAAGCUCACUUUGAGCGUAAUAUUCAUAGAUAUUAAAAUGUUGUAAUGACAACAUGCUGUAACAUUCCUGAAAACCAGCCCUGACAUUUGGUUUUCUGCAACAGAGCUUAAAUGGAGCGUUGUUUCCCUUGUUUAAUCAUCUGAUUUCCUUUUUAUAACUCUGUUACUGUGUUGAUUUGUCAUUUUAUAACCAAACUUAAAAUGAUCCCGUAUGCCUGAAAUUCUUUAAAUAUGCCUGAUACCACAGAAUUGUGAUUCUGCUCUUGAUGAGAAAAGUAUGUUGCUGUUGUUACCAGCCUUUUAAUGCACAACCACGGGUUAUAAGUUGCUCCUUUGGUCAACUCCUUCUCUUCUACUUUUAAUUUCUUGGCAGGAAGUGAAAAUUAUUAAACUUGAAGGAAUCGUUUGACAUUUUGGGAAAUAUGCUUUCUUGCUUGGUUGCAGAGAGUCAAAAUCCAUCUAUCAACACCUCUGAACUUCACUAAAUAGCACCUUAUAUCUCUUAAAAUACUAACUUGUUUUCCGGGUUCUAGGACUCAUUCCUGCAGCACUCUAUGUCAAUGUGCUGCCUGCAUGUUUGUCCCACCUGUUUUGUUGCUGCUGCUUCGUGUCAAAUUUAUUUUAUACAUCUGUUUCUUUCAUGAGCCAGUAAGAUCAGAAAACAUUACUGACAGAGAUAUAUUGUUAAUAGGUACAAGAUGCGUCAUAUUAAAGGACCUAUUUUUUUGCUGUGGCUUCAUAGCCUACAUUAGCAUUAGCAGCUGUUUACUUACCAGUCCAAAAGAAAUUUGAGUUCAGAAUCAAACUUCAUUUCUUUACUCACCAAGAGUGAGUGGAAAAGGAAUGCUAAUGUUAGCUCUUGUUUCUAUCAUUUUUUUUCUUCUACUGAAGUUUGCAUGCUAACCAGCUAGCCCCGUUCCGUCUCGUCACUUCCCCAUAGCGACUCACUGUAGCCUCCACUGCCCUGAUGUCUUAGUGCUGCUCAGAGGGCAUUUUAAACCCUCUUGUCUUGUGAAGACAAUGGCGGCUGAACGAUUACCACCACCCACUCCCGGCAAGAAACCAUUUUUGGUGGCAGAGAAAACUUACAUAUAGCUCCUUUAAUUGUAGUGCUACAGGUCAAGUAGCUAAACCAACUUCUGAACAACAGAUUUAUUUUUGGCGGCAGAGGAAAUUGCUGUCGUAAUCAGGAGCUACAGUGUGUGACUCUGCAGGUGCAUGCAGGUCGUUGAAUAAGUAUUUGCAUUAAAGCAGUAAUAAGUUAAUGUGUCCAUCUGGGGGCACCUCGGUGGAUCACUUGGUAGAGCGCGAACUACAUGCUUUGUCCUGACAGCAGCAGUCCGGGUUCGAGUCUGACCCGUAGCCCGUUGCUGCAUUUCAGCCCCUCUCUCUCUCCCUGCCUUUCCUGUCUCUCUCUCGUUCAAUGAGCUAUCAGAAUAAAGAAAAAAUGCCCCAAAAAAUAACAACAAAAAAAAAUGUGUCCAUCUUAUGCUUUAGUAUUUUCUUUGACGAAAAAUGUAAUACAUCUCGUCAUAGUUCUCGUUUUUUAAUGGUAACUUUUUAUUUAGUUUUAUUCUCAUUUUUGUUUCUUUACACUAAGCUAAGGUAAGCAGCUGUUGGUUGGAUAUAUAUAUAUGUUAAUGUGCAGACACCAGAGUGGUAUCAGUGGUAUCAAUCUAACGCUAGGCUAUAAAGCCAACAAGCAUAUUUCCCAAUAUAUAUCAAACUAUUCCUUUAAAUGCCCUCAAGAAUACAAGAAGACAUUAUUUUUAUAAUUCUCUACCUUCUUGCAUCUCUACAUUUUCAUCCUCAGUGCUCUUCUUGCACGUCACCUCAUUUUCCUUGACAGCAGUCACUAUUGAUGUUAAUAUUGUCUAUAUUAUCUAUGGUUUGUAUUUUCUUGUUGUGGUCUGGUGUCUGAAAUGAUGAGUAACAGGCAUGCUGUUUUAAUUUUGUUGUAUGUUUAAAUUUACUAGUUAUUUUACUAUUACUUGCGUUUAUCAUUUUGAGUUCUUAAUUGCUGUAAAUUAACUUCAUCAGUCUCCUCUGUCCCACUGAAUUGCCUUUCAUAUUAAAUUAAAAAUGCCUCCCUACAUCCUUAGGUCUUAACUCAGAUUCACAGGUCCAGAUUGUGUGUAAAUUGUAUGUAAU